AUGAACAUGGAGUCGUGUCGCUUCUGCUCCGUGUCAGACAGAAUCUCCGGGUCUAAAUACGUCUGCCACACACGGAGGAAACACGAAGGCUUUAAAGUCAGUGUGACAGAUGCGGCAGAUUGUUGGACAGUAGAUAUCGCAGAUGAGGCUCUGGAGAAGUUUAUGCAGAAACUGUCGCUGAAAUCACCAGAGGAUUUAUGUCACAAACUGAGCUCUGGGGAUGUGUGUUUAGGUGUGAAGAAUGAACUUGCACAGUUACGCCUGGUCACUGGUUCUAACCCCGCUCUGCUGGACUUGACAAAGAUGGACGCCGUCACUGCCAAACAGGAAGUGAAGCAGCUCCUGUUCAAGAUGGCCGACAGCCUCUCCCAAAGCGCAGCGCGUGAUAUUUUAACGACAACGCCAGUCAAGAACAAUCAAAGACGAGCACCAGAUUUUGAGCCCCGGCAGCAGAACAGCGCCCCAUGUGUGACGGCAAAAAGAAGAGUUCCAGGAUCGUCCCUCAUCAACCCGGGAACCAAAAAAAAACGGGAAGCGACUGGAGUGGCCUUUGACGAUCCAGAUGAGGACUGA